AUAAAGUCCGGAGGACAAUGUAGCAGAUAAUAGAGAGAGCUCCAUUCCCAUGCUUUACAAAAACCAUUCCAAAACUCCCAAAACCCACUGACCAGCAUUUACUUCAGAAACUCACUUCACCCACCUAGGGUUUGUUCUCCUCCACCUCCAGCCUUCAGAGCCACUCUCCGGCUUCAUCAAGGCGCAAUGCGGUGUUUUUAAUGACUUGUAUUGCACUUCCUCCCCUUGUUUAUUGAAAUUUGAGGUUGGAUCAAAGAACUGCGACUGUUUUGGUAUUGAUGGAAAGCUUUGGUGGCUCUGGAUUUUCUGCUGGAGGAUGCAUUGUAAGGAAGAAAAGGAGUGUUGUAUUGCAUAAACCUCGCUUGGAUCCACUCACAUUUUCUGAGAGGUCUAAUAUCUUGCUACGAAUUGUACAUCCCUUUGGCAAAGAAAGCCUUGAUAAGAAUCAUGAUAGUAAGGAGAAAGGAGUGCAUUCUGAUGGACUGCGAAGUGAGAAAAGGCCGAAGAAAUUAAAGCUUAAGCUUCGAGGUGUUACUCAUACAAUCCAAACCAAGUGUACAGUUGAUUCUAGUCUUGGUGGUGGCUCUUCCAUACCUAAAUCCUCAUGCCCUUCCGAUGACUUCAUACCCCAACCGAAGCCACUUCUCCAGGAUGGCAAACCCUUCUGUUCUUCUGAUGGAGGCAAAGGCAUUGGAGUUAAACGGAAAUACUCCUUGAAAUUUGACUCUACCUUGAGAAAGGAGUAUUCUUUGAAAGGUAAAAUCUCCAGGGAAAGUGUUCCUGAGGAUGGUGAACCAGCUCGUAAGAGCAAGAGGAUUCCUAGGAGACGUGUCUUGGAUGUGGGACUUAGUGAAGAUGGUAAUGAAGAUGGUGAAAUUCGAUUCCUUGAAAGACUAAAUGCUUCUAAGGUUGCUCUUUCAAAAAGAAAUCAAAUGGAUGGCGAUCAUGGAGGUGAUAUUGGAAACUGUAAAUUACCAAGGCUGCGGAAACAUGGUGGAAUAAAGUCAAGAUCAGAAAAAAUGUACGAGGAUAAAUACUAUUUGGGAGAAGAAGAAGAACUGACAUCUGAUGAUGAACUUCAAUCUAAUGGGAAGAUGCUGAAAAGGGGAUCUCUUAGUUUACUUCUGGAAGGGCCGCAAAAGUCCACUCCCACCACACGUAACCGGGCCCUUCAGUCUGGGAUAGAUAUCUUAACUGGUUCUGGUUCAAGCGUUGUUAACCCUGCAAAUCUGUUGCUUCCUGCCCCAUCUAGAAAAAAGAAGGAGAAAAUCUCUGAAGUGGAUAAGCAAUCGAAGAAAGCCGAGGCUGCACAGAGACGUAAAAUACAAACAGAGAAGAUAGCUAGAGAAGCUGAGGCUGAGGCAAUCAGAAAGAUACUUGGUCAAGAUUCGAAGAAGAAGAAGAGGGAAGAAGAACUGAAGCAGAAGAGGGAUGAAUUGUCACAGGGGAGGAAUGGCAGUGCUGUCACACUGGCACCAAACACUGUCCGAUGGGUCAAUGGUCCUAAUGGAACGGUUGUUACAUUCUCUGAUGAUAUUGGUCUGCCGAACAUUUUCAGUCCAGUGCCCUGCAGCUACCCUCCCCCACGUGAAAAAUGUGCUGGUCCAAAUUGUACAAAUGCAUACAAGUAUCGGGAUUCUAAGUCCAAGCUCCCCCUUUGCAGUCUCCACUGCUACAGGGCAUUGCACGGAAAGACGCAGCCUCUAAUUGCUUGUUGAUACAGUCCUACCAUGCACACCAAUUUAGAAGAACCAAUUGACAGAUUUUACUGGGAUAUGGAAAGACAGUUAUGCAUCCUGAAACUGGUCAUGGAAUAGUAGAUUAUUAACCGACCCCUGAUAUUGUUAGUAUUAUGUAGCACAAUGUUUUGCAAUGUCACUGUGCCACAUUCGAAGAUCGCAAACUUUUCUGUAAAGAAUUUUAGAGAAUUUGCGAACUUUGGGAUGAAAUGCCUUUUAUGUC